AUGGAACUGAAACGUAAACCGGGUGCAAAGGACCCGUCAACUAUCACUUCAGAAUAUAUAGCUGAGAAGAGAAGGGAGCGUGAAUUGAAGAAACAGCAGAAGAGAGAUGAGCUCGUCAAGCAAGGCAUCGAUCCAGAUGCUAAACCGGUACCUGAGCAUUUACAGUUUAUCAAGAGACCAAUGCUAGAUAUUCCAGGCCAAAAGGCAUCUGGCGAUGGCCUUAUUAUCAAGGUGUUAACCUACAACAUUUUGGCCCAAGCCCUUAUUAGAAGAAAGUUGUUUCCUACCAGCGGCUCUGCGUUGAAAUGGGCCAACAGAUCUCAGAGAUUGGGGUCAGAAAUUGAGCAUUACGACGCAGAUAUUGUAUGUCUACAAGAAUUGGACUUUGAUCAAUACAACAGCCAUUGGAAGAAGGAGUUUGAGCGUAUGGGCUACUCUUCGAGGUACCAUCGGUCAGGUGUGAAGAGACAUGGUGUGGCCAUCCUCUACAAGCAUUCCAUGUUCCACUUUGAGCAUCAUUAUUUCAUUGACUAUGAUGGGACCGAAACACCAGGCGUCCCAGCCUCUACAAAAACACAAAACAUUGGUUUGUUGGUUUACCUCAAACUCAAUGAAGAUGUUAAGAAAAAGAAUCCCGGCAUAACAAAAGAUGGUAUUAUUAUCGGCACUACACAUCUAUUUUGGCAUCCUUUCGGAACAUUUGAGCGAACCAGGCAGACAUACCUUGUACUCCAUCAUGUAAAGGAGUUCUCCAAAAUGAUGCAUCUUCUAUACCCAAAUGAUAGGUUCUACCGUUUCUUUGCUGGUGACUUCAAUGCUCAGCCUUAUGACUCGCCAUAUCUUUCCAUCACUUCAAAGCCUAUUACAUAUACAGAGAGACCAAAAGUAGUGUUGGGCAAGGCGGCAUCUCAUAAAUGGAACGAUUCAGAUGCUGCAGAAGACGAAGAUGAUGACGAGGAUGACGAUGAAGAAGACACCCCUGAACCAUCAUCAUUCAAUUUCACUCCAGCCAUUCUAGAAAAGAUACAACAUAUGGAGUCUUUGCAUAACAACAUCGACAUGAGGUUUAUUUCUCUAUAUUCUGUGGCGUAUCGCCAAGUGCAUCCUGAAAACACUAUUCCAAGCGACAGAUAUGAACCGCUGUUCUCCAACUGGGCACACACAUGGCGUGGAUUGCUAGACUAUAUUUUUGUUGCCACGGACUGGAAUGGUGACAAUGCGAAUGGUGAAGUCGACUCGGUGCAACAGAAAUGGGCCCAGAACCAUCUGGCCAACCUAGAGACGGUCAGUACCCGUCUGACCACCUUUGCCUCAUGGCGCAAUUAG